ACCUGAUCAAGUGCAAUUCCGAAGAUGUUCUGUGCAAAGUCCUAGGACUCGUCGCUUGGGUGCACGACUGCACGUUGCUUUCCAGUUGGCAGCUCUCCACUGUAUCUUUAACAAGCCAGAUGCGUAUACGCUUUUAUAAACGCAUCAAAUGCUGUGAAUUAGCGCACACCAGGUUCUAGACAGUUGGGAUACAGUUUGCUAGUUAGACUAGCUCUUCUGCCAUGCGACAGCGGGCUAGCCGCGUGUCCUUGGCUGUUUUGGCCUAUUUUCUGAGCUCAACAGCGUCGCUGGCAUGGGUUCUGCACAAGGCGGUGCCCGCAGGCUGGGAACAACGGGGUUUUCACACCUACGUCCAGUUUGCUGCCAACUUCUGGGAGAACGUCCUGCCCGGCGAGGUUGCGCUCUUUGCGUUCCUCAACUUCUACCUUAGCUCGCUCGCUAUGGUGGCGCUAGCAACUGCGGCGCUCUUCUUGGGUCGCCUAUCCGCAGCUGAAUCUCAGCGCAUGUCCCACCGCCUGGUCAAGUACACGGUCUUCAAGACGGUCUUUCUGGGAUGCGUCAUCACAAACGACCCGCGGGACGUAGCGCUGUGGCUGGCUUGGUUCGCCCUGGUGGGAUACCUGCGGGUGUUCCUGGGGGCGGCGAAGGACCGACUGGAGGGGCUGCUCACGGCGCCGGGUGCUCGUGUGGGCCGGCACGUGCGGGCGGUGGGGCUGCUGCUGCUGCUGGGGCUGCAGGACGGACUGGCGCUGAUGGUGGCUCUCCGGCUGCUGUGGCCGCCCCCGGCUGCCUCCUCCCCCUCCCUCCCCGCCUCCCCCUCACCCCCCUCCCCCCCCGGCGGCUCCUCCCGCGUGCUGCUGUGUGUGUUCGACUGCGCGGUGGUGGCGGUGGAGGCGGGCAAGACACUGCUGCGAUACGUCGUCCACAUGGGCGACCGACUGGGCUGGACACCCCCCGCCUACAACACCAACAACACCCCAGGUGGCGCCGGUGGCAGCGGCAACAUGUACGACGGCACAGGUGCCGGCGGCCUGCUCCGCCGCCUGCUACUCCCCCCUGGUGUCGGCUGCUUCCGCCUGCUGCUCCGGCUGCUGCCCCCGCCCGGCAGCCUGCUGUACCACGUGGAGCUGGUGGCUGACGUGGCGGUGCACCUGCUCACACUGGCGCACUACCUGCACGUGUGGGUGCUGCACGGGCUGAGCUUCCAUCUCAUCGACGCCAUGCUCUUCCUGGACAUGCGCUCCGUGCUGUCCUCGCUGCUGCGCCGCCUGCGCACCCACCUAGCCUACCGAGCCGCCACACACCGCCUGGACACCUGCUUCAAAGACGUAUACCCGCACCAACAACACCAACAGCUGGCAGCCACCGGUGGCGGCACCGAUGCUGCAGCCGCAGCAGCCGCCACCGCUGCCCAUUCUUCCUCCUUCGACUGCACCAUUUGCAUGGAGGAGAUCGGGUCGGUGGGCAAGCAGCUGCCCUGCGGACACAUCUUCCACCUGGCCUGCCUGCGCGCCUGGUUGCAGCAGGCGGGAAGCGAGAGCUUCACAUGCCCCAAUUGCCGUACACCGCUGCUGGUGCAACAGCAGCAGCAGCAAGGGGAGGGGCAGGAGGAGGAGGAGGGAGCAGAGGGCGGCGGAGGGGCGCGGCUGAGGCGGCGUGGUGGUAGAGGAGGAGGAGGCGGGGGGUUGCUGGCAGGUUGGCGGUGGUGGCUGGGCGGGCUGGUUGAGCGGGCGUACGUGCGGGUGGUGGUGGCGUUGGAGCCACUGCUGCUGAGCCUGCUGGUGCUCAUCCUGGACCGAGUUGUGGGUCUCGCCCCCACCGGCCGCCCCGCACCACCCCGACCGCACCAGCAGCAGCAGCAACCCCGCCGCCACCCACACCCACACGCACACCCGCAUGCAGCGGCAACCAGCCUGGAGGGGUUUGGAGAGUCGCCGGGACCCCUGCCGCCGCCCCGCGCGCCGCACCCGCCCAUUAAUCCCGGGGCUAGCGGCGCCGCCACUCGCCUCAUCCGUCGUGGCACUGGGCAGUCGGCUGGUCGCAGCGGCGGCGGCGGCGGCGGCGACACGUUGGGGGUGGCCAAUAGGUGGCAGGAGGCGCGGGAGGAAGGCUACCCGAGCAGUGACUGCUUUGAGGACGACAGUGAUGACGGGGAUUGGUACGGCGAUAAGGACGGUGAUGGUGACGUGAGUGAUGACGGCGGGGAGGGGGAUGACGGCGGCCGCGGCGGCGGAGGGGCUUCCCACGACAGCCGGAGUCGCGAGGGAGCGGCGGCGGCGGUGCAGCAGCAGCGGAGGAGGGAAGGAGCAGCAGCAGCAGGUGUACAGGAGGAGGAGGAUGAGAUGCGGCAUGGGAGGAGGGGAAGAAGCGCGGCGCGGCUCUGGGGUUGCUCCUCAGGUGGACCGGGGCACCGACCCAUGGGUCACUUCGACCCCCACUAUCACAGAGGAACCGCAGCAGCUGCCGCAGCUGGUGCACCCGGGCCUUCUUCGGCUGCCUGGCAGGCAGCUGCUGAGGAUGAGGGCGAGGAGGGCGGGAUGUACGGAGGCAGGAGGAGUCGGCAGGGGCGGCAGCAGCGGAGUGGUGACCCUUCGUUACGGGGCCCCCGGGGGCAGCGGGGCCUGCUGCCUCCGCUGCCCCCUGCCGCUGCCGAGGUUCCCACCUUUAGCGGUGACGUGUUGCCACGAGGGGCGGCAGCGGCGGUACGGCGGCUGGGUCGUACACUGAGCACCUCUCUGCGGUCCUCAUGGGGGGCAGGCGGCGUGUGCGCGGGUGCGGUUGGGGGCGGGGAGGACUCGGAGGGCGGGGACGAGGUGAGCAGCCGGCCUCGGCACGCACACCCCCGCUCCUCCCAGCCGCACAACCGCCGACAUCACCCGCAGCACCGCAACCAGCUGCUGCAACCCCAGCAGCAGCAGCAGCGGCACCAAGAAGAGGAGCAGGAGGAAGAGUGAUGACGGCCAUACACUGGUGGUAGUUGGGAAGGAGGAGGUGGAAGUGCGGGGUGGCAGGGGGGACGCAGGAAGACAUGCGGGGUGGGGGUGGCGGCUGCAGAGGCGGGGGCAGCAGCAGUUGAGGGAGGUUCUAUACCCGUCAGGUCAGGGGUGCGGAACCGUGUGUUUCUGCACGUCAUUUGGUUGCGCAUGAUCAUGGCUAUCUUACGAAUGUUACGAUGUGUCAUGUACGAGUGCUGACGUGUCAUGACAGCUGCAUUGGCAUGGACGUUGACAGGGGUGUAGGCGACAGGGGAAGGGACCUGAGGGGGACAUAAGGCAUGUGUACAGGUAUGGGGAGAUGUCGGAGGAAGUGAGGUAGACAGGUAGUCAUCUACCUGCACCCGUGCCCUAGAGUGUCCAGACAGGAAGACAGAGAGGAAGGCAAAAAGACAUACCGGAAGACAGGCAGACUGGCAGGCCCCUGGUGGCAAACGCUCGGGGUAAGAUGCAUCAACUUACCGACACCAGGUGUAGGACAGAGCAGAGGCACAGAGGCACACAAUGAAGGCCCAUGUCGGCGAUGUCGCCCAUUCGGACUGAAGUAGCUGCAUAAAGUUGAAGUGGCUGCAUAAAAUUGAAAUGGCUGCAGGAGUCGCAGUGAAGAAAUGGCACUGGUGCUGCGCUUGAAGAGAGCAAUGGUACGGUAACAUACUUUGCAGUUGGCGGAUUAUUGGAUUCUUAUGCGUACGUGGAUUACUGUACACCAACUCAAGGAGAUAAUGUUGGCUAAGACUGAGCGCAUGAGUUCUUGGGGCAUGGGGACUGCGGGUAUGGAGGUAGUACGGCAACCCUUUUUGUUGGUUGCCAGGCAGUACGACAUGCAAGCAAGCAGGCAUGCAGGACGAGCAUGAGGUUUGCAGGAUCGCAAGAGACGACCCGGGCCGCGUCUUGGGCGCGGUGUGUGCCCAGGACACCCCUGCGCUUGGCGCAUGUUUGAAUUGUUUAUCUACCAGGAUUUAAACUGAGUGGUAUUCCGCAUACACGACUGUGGAAGGGCCUUCCCUGCUGCCGCUACGGUUACGGAGGAGGGUAUGGGUAAAGCAUGCAUGCGGCUUGUAAGCGGUCAUUCAAGA